AAGAAAUCAUGGCAAUCACACAGGUGCUCGAACAUUUCGCUGAAGUUAAGAAGGGUUUGACCGUUGUACUUGUUUCAGCGACUCUUAUAUCUGCAUUUGGCUCUUCUUUCCAGUAUGGGUACAACGUCGCUGUUGUCAACCCUCCGUCUAAGUUCAUGCAGAGUUUUUACAACCAGACCUACAUAGAUCGUAAUAAUCAGCCCAUGAAUGAAAAUUUACUCACUGUGUCAUGGUCCCUGACUGUGUCCCUGUUUCCAUUGGGUGGCCUGUUUGGAUCACUUCUGAUUGUUCCUCUCUUGGUAGAUAAAUUGGGCAGGAAGGGCAUUCUGCUGGUGAACAAUAUAUUCUCCAUCGUGCCAGCUAUACUGAUGGGAACCAGCAAACAAUCAAAAUCUUUUGAAAUCAUUAUGAUCAGUCGAUUUAUUGUUGGGUUAUGUGCAGGCGUCGCUGCCAAUGUUGUCCCAAUGUACGUGGGGGAAAUUGCACCAAAGAGGCUUCGAGGAGGAAUUGGUGUGGUUCCUCAGUUGUUCAUUACAAUUGGAAUUCUGUUUGCUCAGAUCCUCGGAUUAAGAUUCUUGCUCGCCAACGAUGAUGGUUGGCCGCUGAUGCUGGCAAUGACAGGGAUUCCUGCCAUCCUGCAGGUCAUCCUAUUGCCUCUUUUGCCUGAGAGUCCAAGAUUCCUGUUGAUUCAGAAAGGCAGCGUAGAUAAAGCCAGGGCAGCCUUACAAAGACUGAGAGGCUACGACAAUGUGGAGAAUGAAAUAGAGGAAAUGCAAUUGGAAGAUCAAUCUGAGAAGGCAGACGGGCUUUUGACAGUGAAGAAUCUGUUCACACUUAAGGCAUUGCGUUGGCAGCUGAUUACAGUCAUUAUGCUGAACAUGGGACAGCAGCUUUCGGGCGUCAAUGCGAUAUAUUACUACGCAGACUCUAUAUUUCGAACAGCUGGAGUCUACGAAAAUAGCAUUCAGUUUAUCACUGUCGGAACGGGCACCAUCAAUGUCAUCAUGACCAUAGCAGCAAUCUUCAUUGUGGAUGCAGCCGGCCGUAAGAUUCUUCUGCUGAUUGGGUUCGCUAUUUGCGGCUUGUUUUCUGCAGUACUGACAGUGGCUCUAAAACUUCAGAAUAUGAUUCACUGGAUGCCUGCUAUAAGCAUACUCAGCAUUAUCGUUUAUAUCAUUGGACACGCGAUAGGACCCAGUCCGAUACCUUACGUGGUGACCACAGAGCUGUUUCGUCAGAGUUCCAGACCAGCAGCCUUCAUGGUGGCAGGAUCAGUGCACUGGUUCUGUAACUUUCUUGUGGGCAUCAUCUUUCCUUUCCUGGUGCAAGGAUUCGGCCCCUACUGUUUCGUCAUUUUCAGCAGCAUCUGCUUCCUGACAUUCGCUUACAUCUUCAUCUUCGUUCCCGAGACAAAGAAUAAAACAUUCCAGGAAAUCAGUCAGACUAUGGCAAAGAGGAACAAAGUUGAGGUUGAGGAGGAAUUGGAUAUGAGUCAAGCGGAGGUCAAGGAAAAACAAUAGGAGCAGAAAAGCACCGAGACUUAACAUCCUUUGUGGUACAAUGGGUGAAAGUUGGGAGGUUUGAUGGAAUAGUUAGGAUCAAUAAUAAUUAUCACUUUAUUGUAAAUUGUGGACAGGGUCAGGGUGUAUGUAAUCACUGUUGUGCUCACGUGAUCACACAGCCCUCUCCUGGCUUGUCAGUAAUUAUUGACUUGCUCCGAAUGCAAUUUUUGACAAUGUGCUAGCAUUACUGGACCCCACUGUUUUCACCCCAACAGUCUGGCUCCAUUGAAAGUCUAGGCUUGCGGCCUGGGCAAGAGUGGAACUGUUAAAUCUGCUGGUCCAUACAAUUUGACAAAGCCAACCCUAUACUGAUAAGAUAAAGCCUACAAUAAAAAAAACUGAUUUUUGUCAAUUCUUUUGGGUUAGGUGAACUUCACAUCCUUCAAAGCUUGCUUUGGCCUUGAGAAAAUUCUCCUGAAAUUUGAGAAGGAACUUGUGGUUCUAUCUGCCUGUUAAGUUGGGUGUCAAAGAUCUCAUGGCAUCACACAGAAGGAGAAGGGAAGUCUCUCACCUUGCCUACCUUGUUGGUCUUUCAGUCGGUUGUGCGACAUUGUUAUGCACAAAUUGGCUGCUGCAUUUGCUUA